AGCUGCUGUUCUCUGAAAAUGUCAAGGCAUUCUUUAGGCAAACUGCUGAGAGGAAGGGAACAUCCCCUCCUCUCCUGGAAUUCACUUUGCAAGAUUCUUUCUGCUCUGCAAAAAGCAGAUGUUGAUAAAAAUUCAUCCCAGAUCCCAGGGUGCAUUGAAUCUUUGGAAGUAUGUAAUCUUGUGCUGAAUCUCCCAAGAGAGUGUUUCUUCCCAAGAAAAUGAAGGCUCCUGAUUUUUCAGCCCUCCUUCCCGUUUGUAGAUGACAGCCACUUGCCUUGGUGCCUGUUUGUCUUCUGAUUUCUGUCUGCUCUGAUGGUUUUUCCAUGGGCUUAGUUUCCCCUCAAGGCAACCCUGCAAAGGAGUGUGGCAGAAUCAGACUCUGUGCAGAGCUGCCUGUCUUGCUGGGGCUGCUGUUGUUGUUCUUGUUGAUGUUAUCGUUAGCCAAAAGACCACAAAUUGCUCAGAGCCCCAGAGAGUGGAGCUGGGUUUCAGAUCUCCUGCAAGCUCAAUCUCUCUGUUUUGAACUUUGCUUCUUGCAUUUUGUUUCUUUCAGGGUGUGUGGUGAGUGUGGAAGAUCCAGAAAAGAAGUACACUGGAUGGGAACAUCUUGGCAGUGGGUGGCUGUAAAGGAACUUUAUCUCCAGCACCAGGACUGUGAGGGAGUAUUAAAAGAAAUCCUGCUCAUGAAAGAAAAUAAGAACGCCAAUAUUGUCAGCUACUUAGAAAGCUACCUUGUGGAUGAGGCUGUCCUGCUGGUGUUGGAAUAUAUGGAUGGAGGCUCCUUAGCUGAUGUGGUCACCGUGAGAAGGAUGGCUGUAGGACACAUAGCAACAGUGUGUCGGGAGUGCCUGCAAGGCCUGGCUUUCCUUCAUGCCAAGCAGGUGAUCCACAGAGACAUCAAAAGCGACAACAUCCUUCUGGGCCGGGAUGGCUCCGUCAAGCUGGCUGAUUUUGGCCUCUGUGCUGUGCUCAGCCCUGGGCACAGGAAACGGAGGUCGAUGGUCGGGACCACUUACUGGAUGGCACCCGAGGUGGUGAGAAGAGAGCCUUACGGCCCCAAAGUGGACACCUGGUCCCUUGGCAUUGUGGGGAUAGAAAUGGCCACAGGAGAGGCUCCUUAUAUGCAGGAGACCAGUGACAAGGCCAGCUACCUGAUAGGCAAGCAAGGGGUUCCAAAUCUGCACCAGCUCAGGCUACCCCCUGGCUUGUGUGAAUUUCAGGGCUGCUGCCUGCAGAUGGAUGUGGACAGGCGAGGCUCUGCCAAGGAACUUCUGCAGCAUCCAUUUCUGCAAUCAGCGGAGCCUCUCUUAAGCCUCUUCUGACAGCCUGAUUGCUGCCAUCCCUGCAGCAAGGGAAUGCAAGAAGCAAAGGAGAUGACAAGGUGUGAGAGUCUGUCCGAAACUUCCCUCAUUUU